CACGAUCACUCCACAGGAGAACUGAGUGACGAUGGCUCCCCGGUUUUCCUGGUUCCUGUGCCCCCUGCUGGCGCUCCUCCUGUGCCCCGAUGCCGCCCUCUCUGCCACGACGCCUGAGCAGAUAGACCUCCCGAUACUUGAAGGAAUGACGCGGAAAGGAAGUAGGACUGGUCAGUUCGCUGUGCUGUAUCUGAAAGGGAGGGAGCUCAGUGGCCUGACGUGCCAUCAGAUUGCUUACAAUGAUACGGUAAAUGUUGAUGCCAAUUGCAAUUUCGCCACCGUCUUCUUCAAUGUGCAACUGGCGGAUGAUGAAGAGACGCUUAGACAUAGUGAGUGGCAACUGAUCCACACAGCACUGAGGCCCAUGCUUCAGAAAUGGCAAGCGGCCAACCCAGCUACAUCAGGUAACACCAACUGCCCCGAGACACUCUAUCUCUACAGUGUCCGUGAUCCAGACUUCAACUACAGAGAAGCCAGAAUUGUAGAACUUGUACACAAGCGAUCGCCUGGGAGAUCCCUAGGAUCCUCAGCAAUGCAAGGUGCUCCAAUACGAAGAUCGUCGUGGGAUUUUCAGAGGUGAAUCUAACCUUCUUAGCAGAAGCCUGUAGAGCUAAAAGGUUAAUGAAUACGAAAGGUAUAACUCAGUAUCACCUGAGGAGCGAACUUGCAAACAAACAACUGGACUGUCGUAAUGAUCGUUCCCAGCAAACGACAGUGGUGACAUGCUAGGUUAUUCCGCGUCGCAGGACCGGGUCGUGAGGGAGGACUCGCGUGGCAUUCCCGUGCUGCAACGAGAGGCUCUCUGGUCACGGCGAGGCAAGCGUUGCAAGAUGGACUGGCUCGGAAAACGGACCCGGAAUACGUCGGUCCGCAAGCUGUGUUGAUCAAGCUUGGGACUGGAUUUGAUGUCUUUGUUUGAUUCAUAAAGCAGUAUCUUUUUCUUGGUGUUAUUUGAUAAUUAGUGUAUAUUCGCAUCUAUCAAUGAGCAAUAAAUGAAGGUUUUUGUCUCUCCUGUCUUCACUUGUCUUAAUGCAUCUUGAUUAAAACAAAAACAAAAAAAAAAAAAAAAAAACACCAACAACAAUAAAUUCUGAUGCUUAGAAAUAAAAAUAUCUCUGCA